AUGGCCCGCCUCACGACCCUCCUCACGACCGCCGCCCUCGCCCUCACCUCCUCUGCCCACUUCACAAUCGAGGCUCCAGACUCGCACAUUGGCGGCAGCGACACGGCGCGACAGGACACCGGCCCCUGCGGCGGCCACACCCCGUCCAGCAGCGACUCGGCCGUCGACUUCCACGUUGGCGGAGACGCUAUUGCCCUCGUAGACCUCCACGCCCAGUCCGACUGGCUCAUCCGCGCCACCGUCAACACGUCCGACUUUGGCUCGGCAGAGUGGACGCAGCUCCACCACAUCUACCGCAGCACAGGCUAUGGCUCAAACUGCCAGCCCGGCGUGACGGCGCCCGAGAGCUGGGUCGGCAGCCGCGGCGUCAUCAACAUCAUCGGCAGCGCCACCGACGGCAUUCUCUACGCUUGCGCCACCGUCAACUUUGUCGAGGGCACCGGCUCCGAGAACAGCAAGUGCAAGAACGGCACCGACGUGACCGUCACGGCCAGCGACAACAGCGACCUCUCGGCCCUGCUCGAAUCCAACUCGGACUCUGCGAGCUCCACCGGCACGGCUACCUCGUCGCCUACCAGCUCGGGGACCGCCUCUGCCGAGUCUGGCGCUGCCACUGGCGGUAACAACAGCGCCGCCUCUUCGCUGAGCGGCAUGCUUGGCGCCGUCUCCGUGGCGGCGGCGCUUGCUGGCGCUGUCUUGAUGAUGUAA